UGGGAACAGAGGGAGGAAUGUGAUGUCACUGCGAUGAGAGAGGCGUGCGCGGCUAUAUAAUAAAGGCAGACCUGUUGCUGGCGUACUUUGUAUUGGGACUCCCCCUACUGAGGAUAAAGACAUGGGAGGUGUUAUGACUGUAAAACGGAGCACGGUGGCCAAAGUGGCUGAUCUCGCCGCGCUGGUGCAGCACGAGUGCACCGACGUACUGAUCCAAUAUAGGAAUCAAGAAAAUCUCCCAAACGACAUGGGGAGUGACCGUCUGGUGUUCGUCUCUCCUCCUUCCUCCCAGCUGGACAUCAGGAGCAAACUACAGAGCCUCCAUUCUGGUUUGGAUAAGUGCUACAGCCUGCUGGAGAGAGCCAUCGCCUUGGAGAAGAUGGAGCUGGACAGAGAUCAGAUGAGUGAGUACAAGAAUGGGAGGAGGAGGCUGAAGGAAGAACUGUUGAACCUUUUGAAAAGCACCGAAGAGCUUCUCAAAGCAGCUGGUGGUAAACCCGUCCGGAACCAGGACGACUUGGAGCCGUAUCAUCCCAACAACGUGUUCCACCUGAAGCUGUGGGUAUACAGCGUCUACAUUGAGGUGAAGCUCUGGAGCAAGACAGCCUUCACCGUAAUGAAGGAGCUGCAGUCUGCAAAGGAGCCACUGAAGAGGGGUAAAAGAAGUACAAGAAGAACUCUGCAAUGAGACGGGGAACGAGGAAUAUUCUAUGCACUAAAGAUUAUUCAUUAGAGCAUAGCUAUGGAGAGAAACAGGCUUAUAUGAGCAGGAAAAGGGUAAGGAUCAACUAGAAGAGACAUGGAUCAAUGGUGAAAGGAGAGAAAAAAUAUUAGCUGGUUUUUUGAUUUCUUCAUACCUAAAAGUAAUAUAAAAACUUAAUACCUCAAGUGGAAAAAGUAGACAUGUGAGUUAAAUACAUCUAUUUAGUUAUUGUUGAUCAGACAACAAUAACAAGUAUCCAGAACUGAAAGGCAGUUUUUCUUUCUUUCUUUUCACAAAAUGUAAGUGAUGUAAUAACUUUCUACUUUUCUCUUUUGAACUUGUAUCCUUCUGUUCUAUACUCCUGUAUUUUGAUAUUUGGGAAACACUGCUGGGAGACACUGGAGCUUAGAGUGAGUCGGCAAGAUAUUUUGAUGUUGUAUUAGCUCAGAUAUGUGGGUUCUGAUGGCCAGGUCAAAGUCCAGACAUAAAUAACAUGGGGUAUCUGUGGCAAACUUCAAUUGAUGUUCAAAGACACUCACUAUCUCUGCACAUAGAAUUUUGCAUGCAGGCUUGAAAAAUUUAGUUUUGGUGACCGGGGCACUUCUCUUUCCUUUUGUUGGUGUGUCUUAGAAAACAACACAAAAAGAUUGUGGUCAUUAUGGUAGAAAAUAUUAAAUGGUUUAAGGGAUGGGAAUACACUUGGGUGACACUAUGAAAAGUGUACAAUGUGCACUGCAGUUGUAUAUAACUGAGGAUAUUUUGAAGGAAAACUAUGCUGCAGCACCCUCUAGUGUUUACUUGAUGCUUUCACUUUGUUUCCUUCUCCAAUUUCUUAAUUGGCCUCAAUGUUUCUCCUUAUCUCAGUGUAUCUUGUCUUAUGACUUUAUGUUUUGUAAUAUUUUAAUGAGAAUAACAUUACCCCAUUAGGAAAUUCACAAGAAGGGAAAAUGGAAACAGCAGGAGAGUGAAAUAAAAUUAAGUGAAUGAAAAUUUGGAGAAAAGCAGAAAUGUCUGAAAACUAAAUAAAAUGUUUGUUUUAUGUUGACUACGUAGCUCGAUAAAUUUGUACAAAAAUGUAUCUGCCAAUUUUAUAGCAGUGGUCAAAAUCCAUGUUUUAAUCUAUUGCACAUCUGGCUAGGUGAAAUAAUCAACUAAGCAAUAUGAUACAUGGAAAUGCUGCAACUGACUUGAAUGGGAAAUGACUCCGCCAUGCUGCUGUAACCCAGCAAUCUUAUCUGGGCUGCAGUUCUAAUUAAAUUAGCCUCAGCCAAAGACUCCGAUUGUAUUUAAAUAUGCAUGAAGGUUUGACGUAAGAGAAGAUGGUGAGAAAAGGACGGAAACCUUUAAAGCAAACACCUGAUGAGCGCACACAUUUGAAAAAAGGAAUGACACAGUGCGCUGACAGAAGAUCCUGAGAAUUAAAAGGUUUCUGUCUGCAAAGUCAGCAAAAUCGAGACAAGGGGACCAAUUAUGUCUGAAGUUCUUCAAACGGAUGUUCUUGAGAUAUGUUUUUCACCUGAUGGUAGAGGCACUGGAAGUAUGAUUGUUAGGGUGAGACGAGGAACUGUUGGUUCUGUAGGCUUUCGUUCACUUACUAAAGUGUUCUGAGUCACCACCAUUCAUUUCCAAUAAAGCUUUUCUGGGGCAUCCUCAAAAGCUGAAUAUUUGGAUCACAAUCUUGCUGAUUAUGUCAUAAAUUGUUUCACAAACGUACUCAUAACACAACAGUUGUUUGUUUUUUCUUUAACUGAUAAUGUUCUUGUUUAUUAAUUUUCACGUUUAGACAAUUUUAUCUAAUAAACUAAAUGUAGUUGAACAUU